GGGGACUUGUCUUAACAACAACGCAAGCUCCAGUUCAGAUAGACAGAAGCUGGUUUGUAGCAUCUUAAGCGCAUGCAUGGAAGAUUUUAUACAACCAGUCAUAUAACAAACGUACUAUUGGCGGUUGUGUUGUAUUGAAGUUACAUGCCAGGGGAAAUAUUUGUCAGAUUGAUUUAGUAUUCAACUAGCUAGAUUGCAAACGGUAUCAUCAUCGACUCCCAGGUAAAACUGCAUCACAGACCAGGGAGGGAAAUGUCUUGGUGGUCGCGCGGAGAUGAUGGGGAGGAAGCUAUGUGUCAGGAUACAGACUCUGAUGUGGCAGAACAGAGAGACUAUGGGAAAGUGAAGGUGAAAUGGACACAGGAGGAGGAUGAUAAUCUGAAAGCUUUAGUUCAAAACCGGGGUCCAAAUGACUGGAAAUAUAUAGCCAGCUUUUUACCGAAUCGCACAGAACAUCAGUGUCAACUCCGCUGGUUCAAAGUUCUGGAUCCAGAUCUGGUCAAAGGGCCUUGGACCAAAGAAGAGGAUGACAAGGUCAUCGAACUAGUGAACAUGUACGGGAACAAGCAGUGGGCUAUAGUGGCCAAACAUCUUAAGGGAAGGCUAGGGAAACAGUGCAGAGAGCGCUGGCACAACCACCUCAACCCUGACGUGAAGAAGUCCUCUUGGACAGCCGAGGAAGACCUCAUCAUCUACAAGGCCCACUGCACACUGGGGAACCGCUGGGCUGAGAUAGCUAAGCUGCUUCCAGGAAGAACCGAUAAUGCUGUGAAGAACCACUGGAACUCUACCAUCAAGCGCAAAGUGGAGAUGGGCUUCUAUUCUGGGGUUGUGUGUCAUCCUAAGGAACAUGAAGAGUUCAUUGCUUGUACCAGUAAAGACAUACAGAUGGAGCACAGCAGUGACGGGUGCAUGAUGGACAGGGACUUGGGUCAAGAAACUACACUGCAGGAGACUUCUGACUCAGCUGCUGUAACAGAUACGCCAAGAGAAGCAGGUUCCCUCAGGAUUUUUUCUCCCCAGCAGUCAAAGGAUGGAGGUGGCCCCAAAAGUGACCCCGAUUCCACGGGAGAGAUGAAUACCACCUGGGUGGUGGAUAGUUCAGGCUUCCUCUCUCCUACAGGCCCUGCCUUAAAGGAGGUUAUGGAUAUGCUGGAUGGGGACCCGGAUGUGUGGUGUAACCUGGCAGCCUUUGAUCUCGCUGAGGAGAGUCAGAGCCCAGAGAGACACCAGUUCCGUUUGGAAGGUAGUGCACUUCAAGAGUUAAGUAAGGGAAAUCGUGGAGAACUGAUUCCUAUCUCGCCUGGUGGUGUCACACCCCCCUCCAUACUGACCCGCCGAAGUCGCCGCCGCAUCGCCCUGUCUCCUGACUCCACUAACUCCAUGACCCCCAAAAACACACCGGUCAAAAUCCUUCCCUUCUCUCCCUCACAGUUCUUCAACAUGUGGACCAAGCAAGACACUUUUGACCUGGAGAAUCCGUCACUCACGUCCACGCCGGUAUGCAGUCAGAAGGCCACGGUUACAACACCAUUGCACCGUGACAAGACUCCACUUACCCAGAAAGAGAACUCUGUGUUUGUCACACCAAACCAUAAGUCUGAUCUCUACACUACUCCUCGAACUCCAACACCAUUCAAAAAUGCCAUGGAGAAGUAUGGUCCCUUGCAACCAUUGCCCCAGACUCCUAAUUUAGAAGAGGAUUUGAAGGAGGUCCUUCUCAGAGAGGCUGGUAUUACACUGACUGUGGUGGGUGACACUCCCCCUGAGCAGAGACGGAAACAGGUGCAUCGACCUCCAAUGAAGAAAGUGCGCAAAUCCCUUGCCCUUGAUGUCAUUGGCUGCAAUGAGACUCUCCCUGCCAGACACAAGUCCAUACUGUUUGAGGCUAAACCCUGUGUUAAGGCAGAGUCCCUCUCUGACUCUCUAAACUCGUCAUCGUUCUGCAGUAAGAGAGAGGAGAACGCGUUGGACCAGGGCUUCAUUGUGGAUCCCUCUGAGAGCAUGCAUCUCAGUCCAGCUCCACCAACCCCAAUGUCUCAGGCGUGGGAGGCUGUUGUAUGUGGACGGACUAAAGACCAGAUUAUAAUGACAGAGAAAGCAAGACGCUACCUUAGCUCACUGAAGUCCCAUGCACCUAACAGAGCCCUCAUCUUAUCCUGAGCCGAUGGUCACUACUCUACACUACUGUAAUGUUUCUGUUGUCUUAGAAUGUGUUAUAAUCUUCACUUUAAAAAAGUUUUAACAUUUUGGAUUUGUUAGAAAAAAGGUUCAAGAAUGUACAUAAAUGUAGUACAAUAGAUGCUCAGCUGUGCUUCUGAAUGUCUCAAAAUGAGGUAACCUUUCGCUGAUAUUUAGAUACCCUGAUAUUUAGAGCAAAGUGGUUAUAGUCAAAAUGCAAAUGUAAGACUUUUCACUCUGUUAAUAUUUGGAAAGGAAAUUGAGGGCCAUAAGAAUAAGUUAACUAUUGCUUACGUAGUUGUGCAAGCCUAUUGUCUAGCUUUUCUUAUAAAAUGUGUUAUUCGUUAAAGCUUGAAAAUAUUCUAACAGUGUAUGUAGUACCACAUGAUUUAAGUACCUGAUAAUGAAUGGGACUGAAAAAAUAGGGGUUUUCCAAUUCUCAUCCUUUUGUAUCACAAAACCUAUAGUGUACAUAUGUUUUAUCACUCCUACAAAUUACAGAUUGAAGAUACAUUUUGAAAUGCUCUAUGUAUAGCAAGAACAGAAUCAGUGACUGCUGGUCAUAUUUGUAUAGUAUGAUGUAUAUAAUAAUUAUGGAGGGUCUGUCUAUCAAAACUUAAAUAUCUAUUUAAGUUUUUUUUAAAUUCAUGAUUGACAAAAUGUACAAAAAUAAAUAAUUGUUCUCCAUCUUUGCAAGGGUAAGUUAUAUGAAUUAAAAUGACACAUUGCUGUACAUGCCUGAU